GUUUGUGGAGUGCACAUCGCCUUGUGAAAAUGGACAGCUCAAGUGAGUUUUCCAGUGAAACUAAUCCAUACCAUGACUCCGAUAAUUAGGAUAUGGACCCAGAUAAUGUAUUGGAAAGUGAGAGUGGCAACAAAAAUGGCAGAAAGUGUUUUAUUAAAUCAUUAAGUAAUGCCUAUUCUGUUACUGACCAACAUGCUUUGAACGACGAUAAGGAACAAGAUGAAGAAAUAAAUAAAGCUAGUACGUCAGGUAUAAAUCAGACACCUAUCUCGAAGCAUGUUACUGCAGGCGACAACUCGAGCAGCUCAACUGAGGAAGAUGAACCUGCAGAAAAGCCUCUAAUAAAAGAGGGUAAAAAACGUCAGCGCACUCCUCAAGCAUGGAAAAGAAAUAUAAGAAAGUUGGAAAGGAAUUCUGGCAAAGAAUAUAAAAGUAGUGGAGGUAAAACUAUUGAAGCAAAACAGCAGGGAUUCAGAUGUGAUUGUCGUAAGAAGUGUUUCGAAAAAUUCACGGAAAUGGAAAAAGAUGCAAUAUUUACAGAGUUUUAUGCAAUGGCAGAUAAGAACAUUCAGGAUAGUUACUUAGCAGCGCUCAUAGAUGUAAAAAAAGUCUCCAGAAGGAGGAAAACUAGCGUGGGUGAAAAAAAAAGAUAUUCUUAUGGUUAUAGUAUUCAAAUCUCUUCAAAAACUGAAAAAGUGUGCUGCACAGCAUUUUGUAACUUGCAUGCGAUUCACAGAUCACGAGUAACAAGAAUUUCACAGUCAAGAGUUUCUGGUCUGCUGCUUCAAAAGGAUUCCCGUGGUAAGCACCAUAACCGACCAAACAAAUUACCGGAAAAUGUUGUAGCACAGAUUGAGGACCAUAUAAACAGUUUUCCAGCACGUGAAUCACACUAUUCACGAAAUGAAAAUAAAAAGAAGUACCUAUCAGCAGAGUUGAAUGUCCGCAAAAUGCAUGAACUUUAUUUGCAAAAAUACGAACCUGAACAGUACAGCCUGAUAGAAAGCCAUGAAAACGCGAAACCUAAAGUAACUACUAUUAUAGGUAUUUUACAGAACAUUUUAAUUUGUCAUUCGGAUAUCCGCGUUCGGACACUUGUGCUACUUGUGACCUACUGAAAAUACAACUUAAUGCCGCUUCUACGGAUGAACUUAAGCAGCAACUAAAAGUUCAAAAAGAUGUUCAUCUUCGGAAAGCUCAAGCUUUCUACGACGAUUUGAAAGAAAAAACUGAAAUGGCACGAACUAACGAAACUGUGGAGACUAUUUGCUUCGAUUACCAGCAAAAUUUGCUUGUUCCGGUGUUGACUACAGGGGACAUAUUUUAUGCUAGGCAGAUUUGGGUAUAUAAUCAGCUUUUCUACUCUUGUUCCAAUAACAAAUCGGUUAGUUAUAUGUUUGACGAAACUGUAGCGAAGAAAGGCUCUAUAGAAUCAGUAUCCUUUUUGUGGCAUUUCAUUAACAAAUAUAUAAGCAGGUCAGUUACCGUUUUGCAUAUCUUUACAGACAACUGUGGGGGGCAAAAUAAAAAUGGGGCAAUGGUCCACUUUCUGUCAACUUUAGUCAACAACGGAAGAUUUUCUAAAAUAGUGCAUCAUUUGCCAGAGCCAGGUCAUAGCUUUUUGCCAUGUGACCGAGAUUUUGCACAAAUUGAAAAAAAGAAACGUAAAAAAGAACUUUUGUAUUUGCCUGAAGAAUGGUAUUCGUUAGUAGAAAACUGUGGUAAGAAGUUUACCGUUGAAAGAGUAACACACUAUAUGGUGUUUGAUUUUAAAACAUAUCUCGAGCCUUUUUUUAAAAAAACUUCUGUGGUUAAAAAACAACCAUUUACAUUAUCGAAAUAUACAGGAUUCUUUAUAUAUGAUUCUACAUUCCGAGAAUAUUUCAGUAUCUCAAACACAUAAUCCUGCCAUUACAAUCUCAUAUCCCUUAAAUAAAUGCGCAGGUACCCCUAUUGACCUAAACAGAGCUCCUCUAGCAUAUAACAAGAAGCUACCACUGAAAGCAGCUAAAUACGAUAGCAUUAUGCCAUUAGUGAGAAAAUAUGUGCCCCCCAUUUGACAAACAUUUUAUGAUACGAUCGAAAGGACAGAUGGGGAUUCUGAUUAGAGCUUAUUCAGACUGUACUAUUUCGUUUGAUUAUUUCUUUGGGUUACCUACUAAAGUGAUGUAUGCACUUUUUUUAUUGAUUAGUUCGAUAUACCUUAUUCAGACUGUUCUGUUUCGUUUGAUUGUCGUUUAAAUUAUUUAUUUACGUUACUUGAGUGUUAGUAUGCACUUUGUUUAUUGAUUAGUUCUACUAUAUUAUACCCAAUAAAGAAGUUUAUUUUUGAAAAAUAAUA